UGCACGCGAGGUGGUUGUUCCGGGCGCGCGUUCGUAUGCUAUGGCUCAUCGUGGUGGAUGUGACCGCGUGGUUGGCUCAGAGGUGGAGCCCGUGGGUGAAAGCGCAGGGCUCAAGUCAGGUGGAGAGAUGGCGGAGAAGGAGGAAGAGCAUCCCACGGCUGUCUGUCAUCCUGCAGGCACUUAUCCAUUCUGUCGAAUAUCAAAGCUGAUUAACUGGAAAAGACCUUUAUGGACUUCCGCUUUCUUCGCAACUACAAACAUUGUCUUUUGGUUGGUGUCGCUCAGUCCAUGUCGAUUAUUCAGCAUCAUCUCUUUGUGCCUUGCUGUUCUAGUGAAGAUACAGCUAAUGAGAGAUGUGGCACUUUUUAGAUCAAGAGGAGCUGCUUUAUGGAGGAGUAUGACAAGCAGCUGGGAUGUCAUUGAGUCAGUCCAGGAGGGCAAGUCUGCGUCAGGAUCUCCAUUCACAGACUUCUGGAUGAGCUUCAAACUGUUCAUUGAGGAGACUUCCUCUUUUAAACAGCAGAAUCCAGGCAAGUUCUGUCUGCUGGUAUGCAGUAUGUGUUCGUUUUUGGCAAUACUUGGCCGUUACAUUCCGGGGGUUGUUAUUUCAUACAUCUUAGUGCUGGGCAUUUUUCUCUGGCCGUUGGUGUCAUCACAAGAGUUUGGGAUGUGGUUUGAACCAGUUCUGCAGAAACUGGACUUCGGAGUUGGCGAGUUCAUUCAGAAAAUCAAGGAGAAUCAUGAGAAAAGGAUACUUCGGUCACAAGUCGAGAAAGAGAGCAUUGAAGCUGAUCUGUCUUCCCUUUUCCCAAAGAUGGACUCCACCGUGUGCAAAGAGCUGUCGAUAUCAGACACAGAGGUCUCUGAAGUAACAUGGACUGACAAUGGUACAUUUAACCUUUCAGAGGGACACACGCCUCUGACAGAAAACUCAGACGACUCAGACCGGAGAAGUGAUGAGGAGGUCUUCACAGGUGGACUGCCUGAGUUUCCCUCGAUGGACAAUGGCUUGGGUACAAAUGGAGAAGAUGAUGAAGAUCUUAGCAUUGGAAUGCCCACCCCUCUGUCUCAUCCCAGCAGGUAUGGGUCCACACAGUCAGAAGAAGAACCUACAGUCCAACCCCUUGAGAUUAUGCAGAGGCUAGCAGGAGACAUGAUUACGGCAGCGGUCACGGCCGCAAUGCAGGAACGUCUGGAGGCUGCCGUACCUCUAGCGCUGGUCCAGGCACUGGCUGAGGAAUCAGACAGCGAGGCAGAGGACUUUGAGCUGUUGGACCAAUCGGAGCUGGAACAGCUGGAGGGGGAGCUGGGCCUGGACAGAGAGAGCCGCGAUAAUCAGUCUAAGCCAAGUAAACCUUCAGGCUUUCUCUCAAAACUACUGGGACGCCACUGAUCUUAUUUAGAGGGCUUCCGCUUCCCUCUGUGAUGGGAUGUGGGUGGGAAGGUUUACAGGGAAUGGUCCAGAGUUAUAAAGGUAUUACACAGUUUUAACUGUGCUGGUGUAAUUCAGUUAUUUUGCUAUAAAAAAUAAAAGUCAUCUGGGGAGGGAGGUUAUUUAUAAGGGGAGGGCGUAUAGUGGCUGGUUUAGGCACUGCUUCAUUUGAGUGGGUUGUUGUAGAUGUUCCCAUCAGCCUGUCAAUGACCAGAGGGUUAUGGACCAGAGUAAUGUCACCGUUUUAGCUGUUAGGCUGGUAGAUGCAGGAUAUUUCAAUGUUUUGCUGCCAAAUGGUUUUUCUCUUCAUCUUAAAGCCUCCCACUAAUAGACAAUCAGCAGAAAUUUUACUUUGUUUUCUAUUUGUUAUUUUCUCAUGAAGGAUUUUUGAAAAGCUAUUGUAAUCCCUUGCAUGGAUAGUUCUGUUUUUUAUUGUUAGAUUUUUUUAUUGUUUUUAUUUGCACCUUACUUUAGAGUGAUACAAGGCACUGAGCAAACAGACACAGAUUUACCUGUUGUCGGUUCCGUACGAGAGUUUGAUUGUUGGUGAUUGUCUGCCAUCUGCCUGCAUUGACAAAGCAGACGUGAGCACACUGCGGCCCUGUCGACGUAUGAUGUCUCCGUGAACAGGGUGCGCAGUGCUAUGCAAUAUACGUUGGCUGAAAAUGUACACAUGGCCAGUCACUGUGUUCGGCCAGAAUGUUUUGAUUGGGCGAACAUUUUUUGGUCCUACGCCUUUCACAGAUUAUAUAAAAUUAUCAAAAUAUAAUAUGUCCGCUAUACUUAUAGAUUGCUAUCAGGAUGUAAAGAGAUUUCCAACCAAUAUGGCAAAAAAAAAUUCUAGACAGGAUCACCCACCCUGCCUUUAAAGGUUCAUUUCUCAGUGUAAAAAACAAAAAUAUGUCAAAUCCCAUGAACAACUGUUAAUCUGUAAACAAUUGUUUAUCUUUUUGAUAAGGAUUAUUUUUAAGUGAUAAUUUACCAAAGAAGGAAACUUCUGUCAUGAAUUACUGUAACACCUUUGUUCAUCUUCAGAACUCUUCUGACUCUGCCAUAGACUAAAGGAAUAAGCCCCAAGAAACAGUGGGUUACAGUUUUUUAUAACGUUGUCCUAAAACCCCCUUAGCUGUUAUAAAAUACACUGUAGCCCACUGCUUCACGGGGUUUAUUGCUUUUAUAAAACGGUUAUUCCAUAUGUGGUGCAAGGUUUCAUAAUAUAAAGUACAUAAAUUGAUAUUAAGGCUUUAUAAUGUGGUCAGCAGUUAUAAUUCUGGGUAUUUUAUAACAGCUUAGAACUUGGAUCAACCAAUCAGAAUUAAGGACCAGGAUAGACCGUUUUAUAAAGCAACCCAACUACCACUCAAUCGGCACAAAGCCAGUAGUGUCAGUCUCAAAUACGCUGUUUCCUGCAUCUGCUCCACAGCGCAUGCAACACCAACACCGGCUAAUGCAUCAGCUCAAAGCGCAUGCAUCAUGUACGGCGGCUCCAGCAGCAGCUCCACAGUGCAUGUGCAUGAAUGGCGACUCCUGCGGCGACUCAUGCGGUAGCUCCACAGCGCAUGCGUCUUAAACACUGGCUCCUGCAUUAGCUCCAUAGUGCAUGAUUCAUUAAUUCUCCUGCAUCACCUCCACAACACAUGCAUCGGGAAUGCCAGCUCGUGCGUCAGCUCACUGCGCAUGCGCCUUGAACACCGGCUCCUGCGUCCCCUCCUUAGCACAUGUGUUGUGAAUGCCGGCUCCUGUGUCAGCUCCAUAACACAUGCGUCGUGAAUGCUGGCUCCUGCGAUAGCUCCAUAGCGCUGCGUAUACAUCUGCACACGCAUUAAGACUAAUGCAGAAAAUAGAAAUUGCACACAAAAAGUAUUUUCGUAUUCAUAAAAUUACAUUUGAACCACUGUAGUCACAUGGACUAUCUAAUGAUGUUUUACUACCUUUCUGCACUUUGAGUGUAUGUUGCGUUGCUGUCUAUGGUGGCGUAUAGAGCUCUUGGAACUCAUCAAAACUAUCUUAAGUUGUGUUCCAAAAAUAAAUGAAGGUCUUUUCUUUGAUGAACUAUCCAUUUAUGUUUUCUGUAAGAAAGAGACCAGACAUAUUAUUUGUAAAUGCCUCUUUAAAAAAUGUACUUUAAGAGGCACAUAUAUCCAAGACCACAUUUCUGUUCACAGUGAGAUUGGUGUGUAAUGCAUAUCUAAAUGUAUAAUUUAUAACAAACUACUGAUGUAUUAUAAAUGAUGAAUUUUGUUUUGACACGGAUCAGCAGCCACCUUCUGUAACACAGUGACUGAAUGAACAUGGGUUUCACAAAUCAAUUUUUUUCAAUUUUCUGCCACUCAUAAUGAAUGCUGUCUAAAAAUAAAUAUGAAUUAAUGUCAGUUAGAUUUUUGUUAUUUAAAUAUAGUACUUUUUUCAUAUAUGUGUCUCAUUUUAGAUUGCUGCCAUGCACAUAUGAUGGCCUUAUAUGACUGCAAAAUAUGGUUGUACACACACAAUAUCAAGAAUGUGAUUAAAAACCUUAUGAUUGAACAUUA